AUGAAGGAGUUUCCUUCUUGUUUUGGAGAAAAUGGCGUGCAGGUUGCAGAUUCAUCUUCUUCAUCAUCCUCUUCAAGCUCCACGAGAGGGGCACAGAAUGUGGUUACUUGUAUCUAUCAGUGUAAAUUGAGAGGUCGUUCAUGUUUGAUUACAGUUUCAUGGACAAAGAAUUUGAUGGGUCAAGGCUUGAGUGUUGGAAUUGAGGAAUUGGGUAAUCAUUGUUUAUGUAAGGUUGAUAUAAAGCCAUGGUUGUUUUCAAAAAGAAAAGGGUGUAAGAAUUUGGAAGUUGAAUCUAGUAAAAUUGCUAUACUUUGGGAUUUGAGCUAUGCUAAAUUUGGUUCUGGUCCAGAACCAUUGGAAGGGUACUAUUUAGUUGUUUUGUUUAACAAAAAGAUGGUUUUGCUUUUAGGAGAUCUGAAAAAGGAAGCAUGCAAGAAAAUUGAUUGUGACAACAAUGUUGAUGCUUAUAAUUCUGAUGCAGUUUUUAUCGCGAAGAGAGAACAUGUUUUUGGCAAGAGAUUUUACUCUGCAAAAGCGCAAUUUUGCGACAAGGGUAAGAUCCAUGAUGUGAGAAUUGAGUGUGAUACUGUUAUUGGGAGUACUGAUGAUCCUUGUCUUGUGAUUAGAAUUGAUAGCAAGAUAGUGAUGCAGGUGAAGCAAUUGAAGUGGAAAUUUCGCGGUAAUCAGACGAUUCUGGUGGAUAGUUUUCCGGUCGAAGUGUUUUGGGAUGUUCAUAAUUGGCUGUUUGGGAAUGUUGCAGGAAAUGCUGUUUUCAUGUUUCAAACUUGUGUUUCUGCUGAGAAAUUGUGGUCUGGUCAAUCUGUUUCUGAUCCUUCUGUUAUGAUGAGUUGGGCUUAUUCUCAGCAGUUUAGAGAUUCUCAGUUGCAGGGGCUUGGAUUUUCUCUUACUUUGUAUGCUUGGAAAAAUGAGUAG